UCUAACUGGACACUGUUGUCCAUUAACACUGAAAAAGAGAUUUAAUGCAAACAGACCAAAAGGGUGUUACAGAAAUGGGAAAUGCUGCAUUGGAAAUGAGGGGGAGUGUGUAUGAGUGUGUGUGUGUGUGUGUGUGUGUGAGAGAGAGAGAGAGAGAGAGAGAGAGAGGGAGAGAGACUGAGUGAGGGAGGGAUAGGGAGAGAGGGUGGGGGUGAGAAAGACAGAGGAAAGCUACAGCAGUCACAUACAUACAACAGACUCUCAAGGAAAAAUCUACUCACUCUUUCUCUCUUUAUAUCUCCCUUCUCUGGGUCAAUGUAUCUUCUAUACUUCUAAUCAUCUAUCUCCCAUCAUUGCUUCUUUCCUCCUUUCUUUUUUCCUUCUCAGACUUAAACUUAGUAUUGAUACUAUUGAUCUUUUUAAUGAAUUCUUAACACAGCCCCCCCCCUUUCAUUCUUCCCCCUCUUUCUCCCUUCCUUUCUGCCUCUCCUUCUCCCUCUCUUUUUCACCACCUGUUAGUGCAGACCCCUUGCUCUGGGAUUCAUUUGCUUAUGAGGGAGUUGUACACUCACGCUAUCACAAAGCUCUAUGACGGUGCGCAAGGGAAAGAAACUGACCAUCUCCAUCCAGGAACACAUGGCCAUCGACGUCUGUCCUGGCCCCAUCCGGCCAAUCAGACAGAUCUCCGCUUACUUUCCACGCCUCUCUCCCACCUCCUCAAUCUCUGAGCCCCUCUCCCCUAAUCCAGCUGGCUUUCCAUCGGCCCUCAGCCCAGGGGGUGGGGCCUCGAUGGCAAGUAGUGGUGGCCUGUUGUCUCCUGUGUUGCCAGGAGCAACAGGGGUAGGGGGUGGUGGAGGUGGCACGCUGUCUUUGAUGAGCAGUGUGGAUACGUCCAUUGAGGUUGACAGCUGUGACAGUGAUGACAGUACUUCUCUUGGUACUCUGGAGUUUGAUCUGCUGUAUGAGAGGGCCGCCAGUUCUCUGCACUGCACUGUGAUCAGAGCUAAGGGUCUAAAGCCAAUGGAUUUCAAUGGUUUAGCUGAUCCCUAUGUCAAAUUGCACCUGCUUCCUGGAGCCUGCAAGGCAAAUAAGCUGAAGACCAAGAUUGUGCGCAACACUCUGAACCCAGUGUGGAAUGAGACUCUGACCUACUGCGGCAUCACUGAGGAGGACAUGUACAGAAAGACACUGAGGGUGUCAGUCUGUGAUGAGGACAAGCUGACCCACAACGAGUUUAUAGGGGAGUCACGGGUGGCACUGCGUCGAGUGAAGCCAGACCAGACCAAACACUACAACAUCUGUCUCGAGCACCCCCCUCCGCUGCCCUCCCCCUCUGCUAUGAGUGCAGCACUCAGAGGGAUCUCCUGCUACCUGAAAGAGUGGGAAAGUGAGCAGCAGAGGAGUCUGGAAGAGAGGGGACGCCUCCUUCUCUCCCUGCAGUUCCUGUGUGCAUCCAGCGAGGGAGACAAUGACGGACAGCCCGCAGAGGGGAGGCGCAAUGGGCUGUGUGUAGGGGUCCGCCGCUGCGCACACCUGGCCGCCAUGGAUGUCAAUGGCUUUUCUGACCCCUAUGUCAAAACGUACCUGAAGCCAGACCUGCACAAGAAAUCAAAACAUAAAACUGCCGUCAUAAAAAAGACCCUGAACCCAGAAUUUAAUGAGGAGUUCUUUUAUGAGAUUUCUUUCUCAGAUCUGUCCAGUAAGACGCUAGAAGUCACUGUUUGGGACUAUGACCUAGGGAAGUCCAAUGACUUCAUCGGUGGGGUGUCUUUGGGCUGUCACUCACAAGGAGAUGCACUCCGCCAUUGGGUGGACUGUUUGAAGAACAAAGGCAAGAAGGUGGAGAGAUGGCACACACUGACCAAUGAGCUACCGGGAUCAAUUUACCAUGACUAACAUGGCUGAAGGCACUGUAUGACUCUUGUCUGCAGCGCCUUUCAUAGGUUGGACAGCUGAUGAGCAUGAAACAAAACAACUGGUGGACUGAAAGCGGUAGGGUAAUCUGUACAGGGAUUCAUUUAAUGUGAUCAUAGUAGAGUGCAAUCUUUAUAUUGUGCAUCCUGCCCCAUUACCAUUCAAUCCUUUUGCUUAUUGGUUUUUCUUUAUCCAACAUCUUGCAUCUUGCAAUUCCCCUCACUACCUACAGUAGUUAUUUCGUUUUUCUCUUACGUGCAAUAAUAUAUGAUUGAACAAUGCUUCCAAAAUAAUUCUAAGUGGUCUUAAAAUUAAAUAUAUUGUUAUUAAGACAAAUUACCAUGAAAAGCUGCCCAUAUUUGGUAAUCUGUUUAUUAAUAAUAACAAUUAUAAAAAUUUGUUCUUCCAUGUUGAGUGUUUCUAUGUGAAAUCUUGAAAAAUAACUUUGCAUGUUAAAAUAUUACAACUGUGUUAUGUCUUCCUAUUCCCUACUCCCAGCCCAUGUACACAUUUUCUUUAGAGCAAGCUGUGAGCACACCCCACAAUGUCUUUCGCAGAUGAUAGCAGGACAUACACCACUAUGUAUUUUGAUAGCGUCUGUAUUCCUGUCAUGUCAGAUAAACUUUUUAGGACUUAUCAAAAGAAAAUGAAGUGACAUCUGUGACAGCUUAUUAAGGACUGCGUACAAUGGUUUUGAGAAGUCUCUACUAAUUAGCUAUGAAAUGCUCUAAACAGUUAUGACAUGUAAUAUUUCUUAUGCACAAGACAUUUGCGGGAAAGAUUUCAAACCUAUUCUGGUCUGUCUACCUCCCAUUUUAUCCUCUUCUCCUCUCCCUCUCUCAGUUCUAAUUGCUUGCACUAUUGUUCAGAGUAUUGGUGUAAAUAUUUACAUAUUAAUGAAGUUCUGAUUUUCAUGUUUAUGCCAUUAUUUAAAUCAGUACAUUAACUAUGUAAUAUAUUAUUAUUUAUUUCUUUAUGUUAGCAUUUGUAUAGCGAGAUACUCAUCCUCACAGAAUGUUAUUUACUUAAUUCAGCUAUUGAUUUAUUUUUGUUGUAGAUUGACAGACAUUUUAAUGUGAACUUCAGUUUUCAUGCUGUGCCUGUACAGAGAGAGGAGGUGCUCUUUUUUCAGUGUCAGUGCUGCAUGUUGUUCUUCAGUGAUGUUACUGUAUAUACCGUCUCUCUCACUCUGGCUGUGUCACGACUAAACAGCAUGUCUGAUUGUAUGAGUGUGGAUUUAUAAUGUUGAAUAAGUGUUCCUAUUGCUCCGGUUUUAUUCUGUUCCUGCAGUGGUGCAGGGAAAAAUGUAAUGUUUAUAUUUAUAUCAGGUGUUUAUGUACAUUAUCAAAUACAUUUGGAAUGCAAGAACCUU